AUGAAAAUAGGAUCCGAAGACCGGCAAUGCGUGGUGCACAGAGGAAAAGGCAUAGGAGGCACUUCGUUAAUUAAUCAACUCAUUUACAGUAGAGGCAACCCCACGGAUUACGACACUUGGGCGGAAAUAGUCGGCGAUCCCAGUUGGCGGUACGAAAACGUUUUGGAGUUCUUUAAAAAAUCGGAAGACUUCCACAAGACCAAUCCAGACGCUCCCGUAGAUUGGGAAUACCACGGAAGAGACGGGAAUUUAUAUACGAACUUCCACAUACCGCCAUCGAAUUUUACUAAACUAUUUCUACAAGCUAAUAAAGAAUUCGGUAAAAACAUCACCGACUACAACGGUAAAGAACAACUAGGCGCUACCAUCCUGCAAUUGAACACGAAAGCGGGCAAACGCUUCGAUCAAGCAUCAGCUUUCAUCAAACCACUCACUAUGCGGCACAACUUGAUCGUUUCGGAAGGCAGCUACGCGAUUAAAAUUGAAAUUAACACCAACACCAAAACAACUACAAGCGUAUUAUUCACGAAAAACAAAAAGACCUACAGAGCUAAAGUCAAUUUAGAGGUUGUAUUAUCAGCAGGGGCGAUAUCGUCACCGCAGCUAUUGAUGCUGUCUGGUAUUGGGCCAAAGAAUCAUCUAAAGAUUAAACAUAUACCGUUGAUACAAGAUCUUGAAGUCGGUUCGAGGUUAAAAGACCAUAUUUUCUGUCCGUUAACGUUUUCAUCGAACUUAACUUCGCCUGAAGAGGCUUUAACGCAAGAAAUUAAAGAGUAUAUUAGAGGAUUCGGUGACUUGACAGCUGGUAAUCCUUUAGACGCUGCUGGUUGGUACAAAACCGAUUUCGAAAAAAAUCCCAGCUACCCAGAUAUAGAAAUAAUACCGACAACAAGCGCCGAGACAGAGCUAGGAAGGAAGUUCUUAUCCUGGAACCAAGAAACUUGGAACGAUAUCAAUAAUAAUAAAGUAAACGAUCCUUUCGGACUUAGCGUGGUUUUAUUACGAACCAAAUCUGCAGGAUCGGUCCGUUUAAAGAACGGAAAUCCUUAUAAUUAUCCGGAUAUCGAUUCCAAUCCUUUAAGCGACGUCAAAAGCAAGGAUAUCAAAACUUUGUACCAGGGUAUAAAACUGGCAUUGAAAGUCAUCGAAAUGCCCACGUUUCGAAAGAUCGAUGCAAAAUUAAGAGUUACGCGUUUGAAUGCUUGUUCGAACUUUCGAUACCUGUCUAAUCGAUUUUGGUAUUGCUAUAUAAGGCACAUGUCGAUACCAGCCUUUCAUCCUGUGGGCACGUGUCCGUCUGGACGUGAUCCCGGCGAGGCGGCCGUGGUCAAUGGGAAUUUGAACGUAUUCGGGGUUAAAAAUUUGAGAGUGGCCGAUGCUAGCGUGAUACCGUUUACUUUCUCUGGACAUCCGAACGCCAUUUGUACUAUGAUCGGGGAAAAAUUGUCUGAGGCUAUCAAAAUUGAUUAUAAAAUUUAUUCAUAA